AUGUUAUUGAAUCUUAUGAAACACUCGGCUGCUGUUGCAUCAUCUUUUCGGUUACGAUUGGCGAACAAUUUGCAUAGGAGCGCAUCGUGUUCGGUGAAAAAAAUAUCAAUCGAGACUGUCGGCGAUACGACAACAGUGCAGUUAGUGGAUGUGCCCGAUCCGGAUCAAAGGAAAGUGUUGAAAAAAAGUGACGAUACGUGUUCACUUUGUACAUGUAACAUACCCGUUAAGGUAGAAAAGAAUUUUUUCGAGUUUCAUGAAAUUUUGACGGAUUGA